AUGCCGGCUGGCAAAGUCUUCGGAACCGCAUACCCUAACCCAGAAUCUAUAUUGCUUGAAAGCCCCGAGAAGUGGAGCCACGAUAUUCUCGACUUCCAAAAGAAUACCGAACACAGUGCUAUCCCAGAGCUCCUAUCUCACGUCUUCCUCGCCAUUGCCAAAAACAACCUCACUUUCUCUCAAGGUAUCGUCCAAUACCAAGAAAGUAUGGCGAGCAGCCAGUCAACGCCCCAGGUGGGCCUCAUGCCCCAAAACACACGCGACCAUGCCACCCAAAUUGAAGCAGACAUCAGAGCUAUAGAGGAGUACCGAGCGAAUCCAUUAGGCAAGAACAGAAACCCAACAUGGAAUAUGAUCAAGACCUUCAUGGAAAGCGUAGAGGACUACUUGGAGAAGACCCGCGACCUUGCAACCACCCAUGAGAUGAUGGCAGAGAUAAACGCGUCGAACAAAGCGCAGGAGGAAAUGAAAAAGGACAUAAUACAGAUCAAAAACCUCCUUAUAGCCCCAAAUAGUAAAGCAAACAGACUGACUUACGCGCAAGCAGUGAAUCGUCCCCAAUUCACGCAGCCCACCCCGGCACCACGACCCACGAACGGUCAACGCGAACUGCUGGUGAAGCUAAACGAACCAAACCCAACCGCGGCUACAAGACAGGCAACAGCUGAAGAAAUAAAGGAAAAGGUCAACUCAGUACUCAGAAACAACCAGGAACAGAAUCUGAAGGAAAUCCAAAUUAUUGCAGUCAAAAGACACCCUAGCGGUGACCUGACCCUCUACACAAACAGCCAGGCAGACGCAAAAAGAAUGAUCUCAUAUAGAAACGGAUGGACAAAAUCUCUGGGAGAGAAGGCAUCCAUAAAGGUCCCCACCUACGGAAUAUUGAUUCAUGGAAUCAGCACGCAGAUGGAAGCAGAAAAUCAAAUAGAAAUGGAAGAGAAAAUCAGGUGGAACAACCCAUCGUUAGCUACGGCGCGAGUGGCGUACUCGGGAUGGCUUAAGAGGGACAGAGGGAAUAAGCGAGCGUCUUCGGUUGUAGUAGAAUUCGAGAAGGAAGAGGACGCAGACUAUGCUAUACAGAAUGGAAUCGUAUUUGGAGCUCAAAUCUUUGCUUCUAACGGCGACACGACUAGACGUGCCCUUCAACAACUUGACCUUAACUCAAGGCCGACGAUUUUGGCAAGGAACACUCAACACAACAAGAGGCAAGCAUGCGAGACCGAAGAGUCUCCCAUAGCGUCACAGGAUACAAUCAUGACCAUGACCCCUGUUGAUGGAUAG